AAACCCUAGAAUAAAUCCCGCCAUUCUUCUUCAACCUUAAACCUCUCUCCUCCCUUUUCUUCCGCAGCUAUCACCUCUCACCUCGCUUCGGGCUUCAACAAUGGGUCGCAAGCUCAAAGACCCCUCAUCUCUCACCGACCCAGAAGCCCAAGAAGCCACCAACCACCGCGAAGCCAAAGCCGAGAAGAAAAAGAAGAAGAAAAACAAACACAGAGAACAACAAGAAGACGAAGACCAGCUCAGCCCUCCCAAACGAAAAUCCGUGGAACAAAACUCGGAUUCCAAGAAGAAGAAGCAUAAGAAAUCGAAUGAAGAAGAAGAGCCGAAGAGAAAUGGAGCUGUGAUGGUGGAAGAGAGCAAUUCCACCGACGCGGUUGUGAUGGUUACUGGGAAAGACGCUGAUGAGGCUAAGUACAAGCCGUUGGAUUCGUUUGCGGAGUCGAAGCUUCCGAGUGAGGUCUUACAGUGCUGUGUGAAUUUCAAGAAGCCGUCGCCGAUUCAGUCCCGGGCGUGGCCGUUCUUGUUGGAUGGUCGUGAUUUUAUCGGGAUUGCGAAAACCGGGUCAGGUAAGACUUUGGCGUUUGGGAUACCGGCGAUUAAUCAGGUGUUGAAUAAGAGGAAUGGUAAAUUUUCGAGGGGCCGGUAUCCUCUUUGUCUCGUGCUCGCACCUACCAGGGAGCUGGCUCAACAGAUUUCAGAUGUACUAGUUGAGGCUGGGAAACCUUGUGGUGUGGAAUCAGUUUGUUUGUACGGAGGAACAUCUAAAGGACCUCAAAUAUCUUCUCUGAAAUCUGGUGUGGACAUCGUUAUUGGAACACCUGGUCGUUUGAAGGAUCUCAUUGAAAUGGGUUUGUGUUGCCUUCAGGAAGUAUCUUUUGCGGUCCUUGAUGAAGCAGAUAGAAUGCUUGACAUGGGAUUUGAACCUGAAGUCCGCUAUAUACUGGGACAGACAAGCUCGGCUCGCCAAAUGGUAAUGUUCAGUGCGACAUGGCCUCCGUCAGUUCAUCAGUUAGCUCAGGAGUUCAUGGAUCCUAAUCCAGUUAAGGUGGUUGUUGGUUCCGAGGAUUUAGCUGCCAACCAUGAUGUCCUGCAGAUAGUCGAGGUCUUGGAUGAUCGAUCUCGUGAUGCCCGUUUGGCUGCUUUGCUGGAAAAGUACCACAAAUCCAAAGGGAAUAGAGUUUUGGUUUUUGUCUUGUACAAAAUGGAAGCUACUCGUGUUGAGAAUAUGCUGCAAAGAGGGGGUUGGAAGGUCUGUUCUAUACAUGGUGAUAAAGCACAAAAUCAGCGCACACAGGCACUAUCUUUAUUCAAGCAGGGAAGCUGUCCCUUAAUGAUAGCUACUGAUGUGGCUGCUCGAGGAUUGGAUAUCCCAGAUGUUGAGGUAGUGAUUAACUAUAGUUUUCCACUCACUACUGAGGAUUACGUCCACAGAAUCGGGCGCACUGGACGGGCCGGUAAGAAGGGUGUUGCUCAUACCUUUUUCACACAUCACAACAAGGGACUUGCUGGGGAGCUAGUCAAUGUUCUUAGGGAAGCUGGGCAAAAUGUGCCAUCUGACUUGUUGAAAUUUGGCACUCAUGUAAAGAAAAAGGAGUCCAAACUUUAUGGGGCUCACUUCAGAGAAAUUUCGGUGGAUGCUCCGAAGGCUAAAAAGAUUACAUUCGCUGACUCUGAUGAAGACUAACUCAUUUUGCAACCUCCAUACCAAUUCUUGAAUAGAGGACCAGUGAGAGAUAAAGUUGGUUAGAGACUGAUAUCCAUGUAAUAUAUUUUUGUUUUUGUUUGGUUUCCAAUUUUUAAGGUUAUUUUCUAUAUUUUUGUGUACUUAUGUAUAAUACAAUUUAAUUCAUAGACGCUGAAUAAGUGUAUUUGAUUAUGUUUUAUCCAAUUAAUCACAAGCGUUUCCUUGGGCUAUCUUCU